CUGGAGCUGAAACACGACGCUUCUAAGGGGGGGGGGCUGAUUUAUCAACAAUAAACCCACCGUAAAUGGGUUUAUUACCGCAACAGUUUUUACUCUCGUCACUCCCGUUUACUUCGAGCGAUUGUUGUGGAUGGAUCGUUUUAUUCACGUCUCACCAAGAAGCCUUAACAACGCCCCGUCAGCAGCGGCAGCCAUAGCUCCGUCAUUGACGCUGGAGGAUUCUGCAAUCUGCCCCUGCAAUGGCCGUCUUUAGUCACCAGGUGCUCCUUGCAGUCACACGAUCAAGGGGAUCAUAUUUGUUAUCCAAGAGGCAAAGCUGCUCAUCUCUGUCUUCCAAAGCGUAUCUCCACAUAGACCCUCCUCGCCACAACUCAUCCUUGCUCACUCUCAGGCACUCCCGCUACGGCUACCCACACUGUUACCGAGGCCAUGCCCUCGGCCGUCACCACAACUCCGCCCUGCUCGCCCGCUCUCUACACAGCUCGGGGGCUUGGCUCCAGGACGUGAAGCAGGAGGACACUAAAGCCUCGCCAGCCGCCACACAGGAUGCUUCAAAAACGGACUCUGUUGUUGCUGCUGCAGCAGCUCAGCCCCAGCCUCCAUCAGCUCCCACUCCAACGUCGAGCACCACCGCCACCAACACAGCAGCCGCCGUCCCUCCGGUGCAGGAGAGGGCAGUCGUAAAAAAGCCUCUGCAUCACAGAAUUGUGGACGAGUUAAAGCAUUACUACAAUGGCUUCCGGUUACUUGGUAUUGACAUCAAGAUUGCAGGCAGGAUGGUGUGGAGGCUGCUGCACGGACAACUGCUCACACGCAGGGAAAGGAGACGGCUGUUGAGGACCUGCGCUGACCUGUUCCGUCUGGUGCCCUUCAUCGUGUUCAUCAUCGUUCCUUUCAUGGAGUUCCUUCUUCCAGUCUUCCUCAAACUCUUCCCAGAGAUGUUACCCUCCACCUUCGAGACAGAGACCAAAAAGGAGGAGAAGCAGAAGAAAGGUCUGGCGGCUAAGCUGGAAUUGGCCAAGUUUCUCCAAGAGACCAUUGCAGAGAUGGCUCGAAGGAAUAAAGCAAAAGCUCAGACAGAAGAUGAGACGCAGCGCUUCUCCACUUACGUUCAGAAGGUUCGAGGCACAGGUGAGCAGCCCACCACGAAGGACAUCGUCCGCUUCUCAAAGCUUUUCGAGGACGAGCUGACGCUGGAGCACCUGGAGCGCCCCCAGCUGGUGGCUCUGUGUAAACUGCUGGAGCUGCAGCCCAUUGGCACAAACAACUUGCUGCGUUUUCAGCUGAUGAUGCAACUCAGAACCUUCAAGUCAGACGACGAGAUGAUUGCAGCAGAGGGUGUGGCAGCCAUGAGUGUGUCGGAGUUGCAGGCUGCUUGCCGUAGUCGUGGAAUGAGAUCUCUGGGUCUCACCACCGACCAGCUACGCCUGCAGAUGCAGCAGUGGCUGGAUCUUCACUUGAAGGAGAACGUUCCUCCAUCACUGCUGCUGCUCUCCAGAGCCAUGUAUCUGACCGAACUCAAACCAAAACCCCCCGUCAUCCCACCCGUUCCGAAGCUAGAGAAAGCUACUCCCCCUCCAGUGGAGAAUACAGGAGCAAACUCGACCUCAGUCACCACCGACAUGUUAGUGGACCCUGCAAUCAUCAUGAAAGAAAGACAGGUGGAGGAGUUGAGAGAUAAGGCUCCUGUGAUCACAGAAAAACCUCUUACUGCUGCUGAAGUCCUUCAGGCUAAAGCAGCAACAGAAGUGUCCCAGAAGAGCAAGAUGAGUGCCAACGGUGUUUAAAGAGGAGCUGGAACCUUUGGACUAAAAGGGUAGAUGGACUUGCACAGACCUGUGUCCUACAGAGGGGAACAGGGGGCGACAGGGAUGUAGUGGUCUGUGACGGCCAUUGAUGGUUGGCAUUUCAGUAGCUUUUAAAUUUUUUUUUUUUUUUUUAAAGCUCCUCCAUAAAAGCCAUUCCUCUCUUUGGAUGACAAGGACAAGCUUGAUGAUUCGACUCAACCAGGGGUCCUGCUGCUUCCUUGUCCCUUUCUUUGGUGACAUCCAGGAAAGGUCUACUUCUUCUUGCGGCGGACAUGACCCUUUGCUUUCACAUUUGUGCACUCCGUUCUUUGUUACUCUCCAUUAGAGCUGGACUAACCAGUGUAAGAUUUCGUCUGACUGGCAGACCAUUGAUGAUGUGAUUACAUUGACCUUACAUCCUGGAAGCAACACCCAGAUUACCCACUGCAGAGCCUGUUCAACUUACGUUGUCUCCCUACAGUCCAGACUCCUCCUCCUCCUCCUCCCUCCUCCUGUAUAUUUGUAAAUACCCUGUAUAUUUUUGUUUCUGUCAUCACAGCAGCAGCAGCAGCGUUGUACAUUUUGCUAUGCAAAGGCAUUUUUUCUCUCGAGAACUGAAGAGUUUUUCUCUUACAGCAGUUUUAAUUUGUUUUAUUUGGAUACAUUUUCACUCCUGUUCAGAACUCAUUCCUUUUUUUUGCAGAAGGGACUUUGUCAACAUUUGGUUCAGUUGCGGCCCCAACUUCAUUUUUACUCAGUAACCUGAGACCAGAUUAAUGUGCUGAAGCAACCAACACAAGACAGCACAUCCAGAACCUUCUGUAGAAUAAAAAUGUCAUUAAAAAGUCUGCAGAUUAGCAGCGGUCCUGUUUCUGAACAGGGUGACACGGUGUAGUUUCCUCUGCUAUAAUCGGUAAACAAAGAGGUGCUUAUUGUUAAGAGAGAGCUCACUCCUUAAGCCCAGAAGUGACUGUGGUAAAGUGCACUCUGCCUCCACUUAUAAACCACUGAACGAACAACCUGUAAAACCAGAGUUAAAUUGCGUAUAGAGAAUAUGUAUUGUGUUUUAACACUAUGGCGCGACAAUUUCUUGAAAGUGAAAAGAGAAAAUACUUGAUGUGUUAAUAUUGGACAGAAACUAAAGCCUCAUUUGAGAUUAAUGUUAUUUUCGGUCUUGUGGCCAGAGUGAAAUGUAUAGCAUUAUGACUGUUUCGCCUAACACGUAAAUAUAUGACCCUUAAAGUUGCCGUUAAUGUGACCACCUCAGCAUAACCUGUAUUAAUACAGUUUCUGUGUGUGUUUGGUGACGCUAUCGAUUUGAAAACCCUCCCAUCCCCCUGCCUACAUUUGACGAGGUUGGAGUAACUGAUUUCAUUGCAGCUGGAUGAAAGUUUUUGUCUUCAAGCAAUUUUUCCCUCAUCGAUAUCGAUCCACAGGCGCCCAACAGAGGUGGAUUACAUAAAGGAUAUUUUUUAAGCAGAAAAUUGCUAACAUAGAUUUAUAUUAAUUGUGUUUUACAUACGUGCCUAAAGUUGAAGGGUGAUUGUGGUUAUUUUCAUCAGAGAACAGAUUUUCUAUAUUAUACCCUUUUGUCGGCUCGUGUUGUGAAACUUCACGUCGUCGUGUUUGAAGAGCCCAGCCGCACAUGUUUUCACUUUUUAAUUUGAAUGUCUCCUCUUUCCCUCCCCCGCGUUCGAUUCGACUAUCAAUCCCAACCCAAAAAUUAAUUCUUCCCUCACAUCCACCAGAGCUGAUGAAAAAUCAAUCGCCUCUCCAAAAUCUUUUUGCGAGAAAACGAGAAUAAGAAUAUUUGCUUUAUCCUCUCUGGUCAGGGCUGUUGUUGUAUUUAUAAAGAAGUCUAAGACAUUUUGAGUAGGAGUGAACUGAUUUAUGCUACACUGUGGUGGUCACUGACCUGUUGAUGCUGAAAUGUUUUUUUUCCCCAGAGACGUACUGUUUUGAUCCACUUGAAGGUGCUUGGCUGUAAAACAGUUUUUAACUGGUACGGACUGUUUAAGGAUUAGAGAAUUGAUUUAAAUACUGGGAAUGACUAGACUGGUUAAUGUGCUGGACUUGCCAUACAUAGAUCUUCUGCACCCACAAUUAAUUUUCAUCCUGGCAUCUUAAACAACCUUCCUAAUCUCUGAUCAGUCUGUGUUUCCUUUUCAUUCAUCAGCCCUAUAGAGUGUGUGUGUGUUAACAAUGCCAUGCCUGUCUGGAAAUGUUUGUCACCUAUUGAAAUCACAGAUGGUUCACACAUCAGAGCUACCAUGAUGUGUCCUCUGUCUUCGGGCUUAUUUUCAUUCAGUUUAAAAUUGCACUGCUGUCCAGUUACUUCUGACCUUGCAUUACAUUUAUGCAUCACUUCACCAUGGCAAAUGAGUGAUGAAAAAAAGAAUACACUAUUAAAUUCAUGAAACCCUCUUCA